GGAGAAUCUCAAGAUCACUUAAAACUGAAAUACACUUUGCGUGUUUUUACUCUCAGGAAAAGCUCUAGCUCUAAGCUUAGUCUUUCGGUAAAUUCCAAGCCUUGUGCUGGUAUCUGCUUGAAGAUCUAUCAGUUUUUCCUCCUCAGACACCGGUGCCAGACACCACACUGAGCGUAUCGAGUACCCGCGCUCCUUCUUACCCGCUCGCGACCACGGCAACCCCAGCAAUCUCUGGCACCUCCUCCACCUGCAGAGCGGAGUCCGCGGGGCGCGGGUUCCGGACCCGCCCGCGGCUGCGAGGAUCCGAGACUCCCACCCAACCGACCCCACUGUACGCUGCUCAGGGCGGUCCCAGGAGCGCCGUCCGCUGGGGGUCCCGCGUUUUCGUGGCUGGUUGAGGCUUUCGAGCAUCUACUCCUGCGGCUCGCUAACCGUAUUCCUGGUUGUGGGCCAACCAGACAGCAAAAUUGGCGCCUGCGCAGUCUCCUACCCGUGAUGCUUCGAGAGGCAGAACCCGCCCCCUUUACCUUGGAGACGCGUCACUGGUUGCCACGGAAACCACGCAGUUUCCUUUUCUUCUAGAGCCCGGCCUUCCAGUUGGGGUUAAGAAGCUGGCAUCCUGCUCGUGUGUUAGUUUUUUGAGGCGCUGAGGACUUUGGAAAUUUCGAAUGGCCAAACUACUACAACCUCCUCCCAAGUUCUUGCCCGCGGAGUGGCACAUUGCUAACAAGAACCAGUACCACAGGGCAGAAGCCCAAAGGUCCCGAUCAGAACGCCUAGUGGCAGAAAGCCAGAGGCUUGUGGAUGACAUUGACAAGAGUACGAGGAAAUCCCAAAGUGAUGUGAACAAGAAACUUGAACAGAGACUUGAGGAAGUUAGGUUCUGGAAGAAGGAGUUAGACGACAAGCUUGAACAAAUUGUGCAUGAAACCGAGGACCUACUCUCAUAUAAGAGCCGACUGGAAAAAGCCCUGGAGAGCUUUAAAGAGCCCUUGCACAUCACUGAGAGGUGCCUGGCAUACAGGGAGAAGCGCGUGGGGAUCGAUCUGGUGCACGAUGUGGUGGAGCAGGAGCUGCUGAAGGAGGCUGAGGUCAUCCGGGGCGUCAUGGCUCUGCUGACCCGAACACUGGAGGAGACGUCAGAGCAAAUCAGGGCCUGUCUAGGACCUGUAGGUGCCACCUGGAUUUUCCGGAGGGAGAAUCCCAGUUUACCCUCUCCCUCCAGGCUGAACCGCUCGGCCAAGUACAAUCUGGAAAAGGACCUGAAGGACAAGUUCACGGCCCUCACCAUCGAUGACAUCUGCUUCUCGCUCAACAACAACUCCCCAAACAUCAUGUGUUCUGAGAAGGUCGUGAGGAUUGAACCCAACUCCGUGAGUCUGGAAGACUGGCUGGACUUCUCCAACAUGAAUGUGGAAAAGGCUGACAAGCAGCGCAACAACUCCCUGACCCUGAAGGCCUUAGUGGACCAAAUCCUGUUGCAGACGGCCAGCGACCUGAGAAAGCAGUGUGACGUGGUGAACACAGCUUUCGAGAAUGGGCUCAAAGAGACCAAGGAUGCCAGGGACAAACUGGCUGUUCAUCUGGCCAAGGUCAUGGAAGAGAUUGCUUCCCAGGAGAAAAAUAUUGCAGUUCUCGAAAAAGCCAUCCUCGACCAAGAAGGACCUGCCAAGGUGGCUCACACGCGCCUGGAGACCAGGACUCACCGGCCCAAUGUGGAGCUAUGUCGUGAUGUCGCUCAGUAUCGGCUCCUCAAGGAGGUUCAGGAAAUCAACCACAACGUGGCAAGAUUGAAGGAAACCUUGGCCCAAGCUCAAGUAGAGCUGAACGGGCUGAAUCGCAGACAACUCGCCCUGCAGGAGGAGAUCCAGGUCAAAGAGAACACCAUCUAUAUCGACGAAGUGCUCUGCAUGCAGAUGCGCAAGUCCAUCCCCCCGCGGGAUGGGGAAGACCACAGGGCCUGGGCUGAGGGCCUCUGCCCCGAGGCCAUCUGCUGAUGUGUAUUAAACCACUGAAUAAACCAGCAGCGUGAAGCCCAAUUCAGGGCGGC